CAACACCUCGAUGAAGGAGUAAAAAAUUAAUCUUCUCAAAAAUCGCACAAAAAAAAUUUUCUUUCGUUUUUCUUUCAUCUUGUCUUUCAUCCAACAUGCCGCCGAAACCAAAAACCACAGAAACUUUCAGAUCCUUUGAAAAUUGCGAAGCUUUGAACGCCGAAGACAUUAGCAACCACCUCGAACCCGCUUCCAAAAAGAAAUACGAAUGUGGCACUAAAAAAUUUGCACAAUUCUGCAAAGAUCACAAUAGACCCCUCGACCCAAAUGAAGAAAACUUAGCACAUGUUAUCACCGUCACAGCCAGAAAAAUCAAACCCGGUACCGUUAAAAAAUACUUGACCGGAAUUUCAUACGUUUAUCGUAAACAGUUCCCAAUGGUCGACAUCGCACGCUCAUCCGAACAAAUUAAAAGCACCGUGCGAGGAGUCAAAAAAAUGUUUUCAGUCGCGACCAAACAAGCCCCAGCUUUCACCUUAAUCAACAUGCACCUCGCUUACCAAUCAUUCGACUCAUCCUUCAAUGACUUACUCUUCCGAGCCAUCCUCGGCCUUGGAUUUUUCGGCCUGCAUCAUCUUGGCAAAUUGGUAGUCCCAGAUCAAAUAUUGCUUAGAAAUCCAAGAAAGUGAUCAGACGCUCUUCCCUUAUCAUAUCGACGUGCGGCAGAGCUGCCUCAUAUAACCUCCCGUAUCACAAAGGCAACCCACUUUACAAAGGCAGCCCAGUGGUCAUCAUCCGCUGCGAAAACAGCGCCAUCUGCCCAAUUUCCGCCCUGACUACGUACGUC